AACACGUUAGUGCUCGUUCAACCUUAGUGUGAUUCAGACCACGCGUUUAAUCCUGAAUACCCGUGUUUUCACUUCGUCAGCGUUUUCAAAUUUGGAUUGAUGUGGAUUGAAAUGAAUUAAGUCAGCACCCAGUGUCAGUCAGUGUAGAACGUGUAUUAAGCUUAUCAAAAUUGUCCAGCAAAAUGAAACGAUCAACUGUAACACAGGACCUUCACGUGGAAUGCCCACUUUGCGGUGUAGUGAAACCUGGCUAUCAAGUAAUAAAAUUAAACCAAUGUAACCACGUGUUUUGCAAGCCGUGUUUGAAACGGUAUUGCACACAUUAUGGAUCCGCUUUAGCACGAUGUCCGUACGAAAAUUGUGAUCAAUUACUAGACGAUUACGAAAAACAGAACAUAUUGUAUCCAACAAAUCCUAUUGUAAGAUCACCACCGAUUUCGAAGCAAAGAAGUUGGAAGUUUUGGAAAAGGGAUAAAGCAGAAAAGGAUAUCGAUACCUCAUGCGACGACCAACAAAUAUCCCAUGACUCGUUCACUGACUCUAAAUUGGCAAAUUCAUCACAAGCUCUUGUUUAUGAAAAGUUGUCAGCAAACAAUCCUGAGGAAGCAACUAUAGCGCAUGGCUUCUCAACUUUGCCGGAAACAGUGUCUAAUGCUGCGGAAAAUUCGAAAAUGAAGUGUACUGAAGCAUUAGAAUUGCAUGAUUUUUCAAGUAUUACAAUUUUGGAUGUUUCAUGUGUACAUAAUUCAGAAUCGCUGAACUCCAGCCCCGCUCAGAACCAGCUGAUACAUUUAUGUAGUUCAUCGGAAAAUAAACAGCCAAAAGUGUGGGGUGCAGAAGCGAGAAUUAGUCUUCGUAGAUUCAUCACAGAAAUAUUUCACGUAGUUGUAGAUUUCAUGUUUCUCGCCAUUAAAGCUGAUCUUUUUUUAAAUACUGACACCGAUGAAUGUGUAAUAUGUCGUGAGCAGAUAAACGCUUACAAAGGAAUUACAUUCCCGUACUGUUCAUAUUGGUUUUGCCGAACUUGUCUGACCAAACCAUCUGGUAGUUGCCAUACGAAGUGUACGGAAGAUUUUGUGCUGUUGUACUCAAAUUCAUCGAUUCAAAACAAGAUAUGUGCAAUAAUACUAGAUAAAGAAAUCUGGGGUUUACUGCUGAAUUUAGAUGACGAUUUAGUACCAACCCAAUGUAAUUUAUAUUCAGAAGAUUUGAAAAUCGAUAAUACAUAUAAGAAUUCGAAUGCUGGAAACUUAAUAUCGUUUGAUUCUACGUCGAAACGAGAUAUUCGUGGAUCAAACUUAGUGGAUUCCGUGUCGGAGGUAGUUCUUCUUCGUAACACGAAUCCUUCGGCCUGUUUGAAGUGUAAAAGAAGUAUCUUGGUCAAAAAAGGUGUCAUACUACGCGGUUGUUUUCACGUUCUUUGUGACUGCUGCUUAAUUCAAACAAUUAUGGAAACGCUUGAUUUUGGCGUGGAGGUUCGUUGUCCUAUGAUACUCGAGGAUAACCGAUGGUGCAAGACAAUCAUUCAAGAAAGAGAAAUCAAAAGUUUACUGACUAAAGAACAGUAUGCAAAAUACGAGCGCUUGUGUCUUCAAGCGGCCCAGAAAGAAUUUGAGUCAACUGCAAGAUGUUUUAAACCAAACUGUAAGGGCUGGGUCAUCCUUGAAGGUUACAAAGAUAGCUUCCUCUGUCAAGUGUGUGGCAACGAAAAUUGUUUAUCAUGCAAGGCAAUUCAUAAUGGGAAAUCGUGCAGAGGUUACAUGAUGCAAAUGGAAAGAAAUACGAGCAAAAAAUCAGAGCCAGCUACACGGUGUCCCAGUUGCAAAGGAACUAAAACCAAAGCAGGAGUUAAUAAUUUCAUAAGAUGUUUACAGUGUAAAUUUGUCUUUAGUUUAACCAAGCAUUGACCGAAAAAAUGGUAUUGAGAAUGGUUUUUAAGUGACUUAAACUUGUUUCAAGCAUUAUUCUUUUAAAUAAAUCCUCAAUUUUUUUAAACUAACA